AUGCAGAGGAAGGAUCGCCGCGGCCGUGCGGAUUCGUCCCAAGGGUCAGCGGGCAGAAACCCGAGAAGCAAGGAAGAUAAGCCGUGGAAGCAUUGCACGCAGAUCCCCAUCUCGGGAAUUGAGUUCCCACCGAAUAUAAAGCCGGCCGCAUUGAUCAUUGGAUCCAAAGGUCACAACCACGCGCGGCUGCAGGACGAGUCGGGGUGUUGUGUGCAGCUCCGGGGCGUGGGCAUCUCCUCACCUGGCACGCCGGGUUCCGCCGACCCGUUGCACCUAUUUGUGAAGUAUGACCAGCCGGAGCAACUUCGUCAAUUGCGCGAGGUCCUAGCGAGCAUCAUCGCGGAAGCCUUCGCCCGAGCCGGUACCACCCCCAACAGCAUGGACUUCGGUCUGGGGCUGCAACAAAAGCCCUAUCCCGGUGCUGACUACCCCCCAGCCAACAACCCCUACCACCCCGGCCCUGAUUACAGCAACGCAGGCCCAGGCCCCAACCCUUACCCGGACUACAACGCCCCCACUCACGGCUAUCCCGGUCCGGGUCAGGGUCCAGGUCAGGGUCCAGGUCCGGGACAGGCAACUACCCGAUACCCGGCCGCCGGCGCCGGCUACGGCGCCGCACCUCUGAAAAUGGCGUUACCUCCAUCAAAUCCGCUCGAGUGUUUCUACUCCAUCCACCUGUUGCUCCACGGCGCCGACGGGCCAGUGAGCAGCUCGCGGUUGCUGGAAACCUACGAAGAGUUCUACGGUUGGCCAAUUGACAGCCGCUUCACGAUGUUGGGUUGCGGGAACGUGAAUCGCUCGCUGUCGAUGCUGACCGCCAUCAUUCAGCUUCAAAGCCGCUCAACCGGCGCCGUGCUUGGCCCUGGACACAUGGCCGAUCCCAAUGAUGACUACCUGCUACGACCGCUACUGCCACCAGACACCUCGCUCGCCACCCUCAAAGAAGCCAUGGGAAGCUCCGUUCCAAAACCCAGUGCAAAUGGACCACCACCUAACAGCAAUUGCCCGCCACCCAAAAUCGUCGCUCCGCGAGUCGUUCACCCUAAACCUAAGCGACCUGCCACAACCCCCGCCCCGGGACCUUCCUUAGCCCGGAACCCUCCGGGUCCGGCUGGCGCCGGUCCCGGGUCCGGUCAGCCCACCGAUGUCCUUCCGCAGGACCUUAUCGUCGAGGGAUUGGUUGCCAUCGUCCGCGAGAUUCAACAAUACCAACUCGGCGAAGACCCCGACCGUAACGAAGGUUUCCCCUUGAUGCAGGCCUGCGACGAACUCAGUAGAAGGACCGGAGUCAUCCUCAAUUACGAAGCGUUCGGCUAUAAAGGCAUUGUCGAGUAG